AUGGUUCGCGGCAGUGAUAUCAUCCUCGUUCUCGUGGCGAUCCUCUUCCCGCCGGCAUCCGUGUUCUUCAUCUCGGGAUGUGGCUGUGACCUCUUGAUCAACAUCCUCUUGACCGCUCUCGGGUACAUUCCCGGACACAUCCACGCAUUCUACCUGAUCUACAAGCAGAUGGAGGCUGACGCUAGGUUCGGACCUGGCAACUACGUCAACCUCGGUAACGGGCACUUCGAACCUGCGCACGGCGUCGCAUAUCAACCGGUCCACCCCCAGCCUCAUUACGGUUCCACCGCUUGA